GAAUGUCCCGACUGUGGGAAAGGUUUCAGUAAGAGGUCCAACCUGGUGAUACACCAGAGGACUCACACAGGAGAGAAACCCUUUGAAUGUCCUCACUGUGGGAAAGGUUUCAGUAAGAGGUCCAACCUGGUGAUACACCAGAGGACUCACACAGGAGAGAAACCCUUUGAAUGUCCUCACUGUGGGAAAGGUUUCAGUAAGAGGUCCAACCUGGUGAUACACCAGAGGACUCACACAGGAGAGAAACCCUUUGAAUGUCCUGACUGUGGGAAAAGUUUCAGCACCAAAUCCCACCUAGUGAUACACCAGAGGACUCACACAGGAGAAAAACCCUUUGACUGUCCUGACUGUGAGAAAGGUUUCAAUCAGAAUUCCGACCUAGUGAUACACCAGAGGACUCACACAGGAGAGAAACCCUUUGAAUGUCCUGAUUGUGGGAAAGGUUUCAGUCAGAAUUCCGACCUAGUGAUACACCAGAGGACUCACACAGGAGAGAAACCCUUUGAAUGUCCUGACUGCGAAGGUUUCAGUCAGAAUUCUCACCUGAAGACACACCAGAGGACUCACACAGGAGAGAAAGCCUUUGAAUGUCCUGACUGUGGGAAAGUUUUCAGUCAGAAUUCUCACCUGAAAACACACAAGAGGACUCACACAGGAGAGAAACCUUUCAAAUGUCAUCACUGUGGGAAAUGUUUCAGUCACAAGUCCAGCUUGUUGAUACACCAGAGGACUCACACAGGAGAGAAACCGUACGAGUGUCCGGUUUGUGGGAAAAGUUUCAGUCACAAUUCCGACCUGGUGGUACAUCAGAGGACUCACACAGGAGAGAAACCUUUUGAAUGUCCUGACUGUGGGAAAGGUUUCAGUAACAGGUCCAACCUGGUGACACACCAGAGGACUCACACAGGAGAGAAACCCUUUGAAUGUCCUGUUUGUGGGAAAACUUUCAGUCACAAUUCCCACCUGGUGGUACACCAGAGGACUCACACGGGAGAGAAACCCUUUGAAUGUCCUGACUGUGGGAAAUGUUUCAGUCACAAGUCCAGCCUGUUGAUACACCAGAGGACUCACACAGGAGAGAAACCGUAGGAGUCUCCGAUUUGUGGGACAAGUUUCAGUUCCAAUUUCUGCCGGGUACAACACCAGAGGACUCUGGAGAGAAGAGAGAAAUAUAUCCUUGUCCAUAUUGUGGGGAAUGUUCGUUACAAAAUUCUACUUCAUGAGUCACCAGAGAACUCAUAUAGGAGCGAAACCGUAUGAAUGUCCUGUUUGUGGCAAAGGUUCCACUCAGAAUUCUAGCUUGAGGAAACAUCAGCAGUCUCACACCGGAGAGAAACCCUUUGAAUGUCUUGACUGUGGAAAAGGUUUCAUUACAAAAUUACAGCUCACAAAUCACCAGAUAAUACACACAUAGGCUCCCUACAUGGUUCCAUAGACCUUCCCCCCCCCCCCCCCGGGUCUUCACUUCUACUGGAUCCCUGCAAUCCUUAGGCCUGACUCCCACCCUACCAGGCAUCACAGCCUCCUCCAUACCUUUUGAAGAUCUCUGAAUCUCAUGUGGGGAAAGAGGACAGGGCAUGUAUCUCUGGGCUGUGUGACUGCUUUAUGGAAACAACCAUUAUUUUGACCGG